UGUCCGAUGAAAGAUACUUUCAAUCGACGUACUUAGCUGACGCUGAACCUUUGACAUUGGAAGAUGAGGACGUGGAAGCAGCCUUUGUAACGUCAAUAGAAGACCAGGCCACUUUUCAAUCUGACCUCGUGAACCCUUCACUAGGCGAAGAUUAUAAAUUAUCUCCCUCCUCUUGUGUGGAAAUUCCAUUUUCCAACGACAUCGGUACUUCUGUGCCGUUUUCUUCUUUUUCUUCAAAACUAAAUUCCGGACAAAUUUUGUGCUCUGCUGCCUCGUUUCCUUAUGAUUCCGUCGACACUCCGUCGGUGUGUGUCCUCCCACAUACACGCACCUCAUCAGCACUGAGCUCGAGUCAUCUUAGUUCCGAUAUUAUUUUCAAUCAAUCAAAUUUUGUUAGCUUAGCGCGGCCCUCCAGUUUUUCGUCAUUCGCCUCCGUCUUCUCUCCUCAGCGUUCUCGCUCUCUGCCGCUCCUCACAGGCACCGCUCAGUACCGCACUGAUGUCCCUUUCCGACGCACAAAAUCAGCCUACCAACUUCCAGAGGUAAAUAUCCACUUCACCGAUCCUGAAAUUGAUUAUCCUGAUUCAUUUGUUGCUGGUUCGGCCAAUUUAUGCUCUGAAUUGGCACCACCUCGCUCGAAGUCGGCACCACCUCGAUCAGAUAGUGUGUUUUCUUCUGUGCAGCGUGAAUCACUUUUUUCGUGCUCUCUUCCGGCUUUACAUAACUCUGUAGCAUCCCUCUCAUAUGCAUAUCAACAUCCUUUAAUAGUUCUCGUUGGGCCUACUGACACAAAAGAUUUACAAACGCGUUCCGAAUUCAUUUCUCCCUCGUCUCGUUCCAAGUCAGAAUCGGAUAUUGGAGAGACCUUGUCACUCUCUCCAUGUGAGUCGUCAUCGCCCAGGACCCAUCUUCAAGUUGUGUCUAAAGUCCCACCGGUGACUUCUCGCCCAGGACCUCCUAUCUCUGCCUCGUUAACGUUUUCCGUGAAGGAGAUAUCUUUCAUCGGUGCGCCGACUACUAACACCGCGCAAAUUUCUGCACUUGACCAAAAUUCGCUUGGUGACAUUAAAAACUGUCCAAUACACGGCGCUGCAAGUUUCACAAAUUUAGUUAACACGCAGAAUUAUUUAUCUAACGAUUCAAGUCAUUCUAUUAGUACGUCUUCUGCAUUUCUCCUUGCACAAAAUGGAUAUGGCUUUCAUGAUCCUACAUUGAUGCACGCAGUAGAAGAACCAAGAACAUUUGAAAGUGAGAUAGGAGAAGAUACCAACCCGCUAGAGGAAAUCACGGUCUGGGCUUCUAUUUCAUCGUCGAAUACCGGAGCACAGUCCGAGCAAGAACCGUUUGCAUCGUCUGCACCUACCAGCUCCUCACUGUCCGGCGACCCUGCCACCUCGGAACCUCCCCGCAGUGCAAAUCCCGAGGACGGGCGUCUCGUUGCCGGGUUUGAUGAGCCGCGCCAUCCUCCUGUACUGCUCAACUCUGGUGCGCCGUCAACUCCUUCCCUGGCUCGUACUGUUGAUUGUGGUGCGUGUGGUCCAGUUCAGAGGAGUGAGGCUUCUUGUGCUCAUCAAGCAGUCAAGUCUCAGUUGGUCUUCCACUCAAGUGAAGUUCCUGGUGACUGUAGCAGUGCACCACUUGCUAGUGACUUAAGUGUUCAUUACGAUCACUCAUGCAUUGUCACUGGUGACAAGUGCAGCUCAGUUACUGCCCUAACUCCCACUGCUGGUGCCAUACACACAAUGGAACAGUCCAAGUUGAUGUGCAGUGAAGUAGACUCAAACUCAAAGCUUCCCUGCUCUGAAAUGCAGGACUCUGCUGGUUCUGCUCCUAGCUCUGAGGUUUGCUCUGAGAAACUUGUACAUAAAGUUAAAACUGAAACUUCUAAUAGUAAUGAUAGUGAUAUAAAUAUGUCAAGCAUAUGCUUGGGGCAGGAAAACAGUUCAGCAGAAUGCAAUGGAUCACUGACUCAUCCAAGUGAAGACAGUGAGCUGGAUAGUAAUAAGAAUAUAAUAGGUCCCCCACAACCCAAUGUAUCUGAAGAUAUGGCUGCAAGCUUGCCCACACCAGUCACUGUUGAAGCAGCAAAUGCUGAUGGCAGCCAAGCAGUCAUGCCUCCCACAUCACCCAAAACAUAUGGUGCUCCUGUUCAAUCAGUACCCUCAUCUAGUGCCCAAAUGAAUCACUCUUCACUUGAACCUGGUGCUGCUUUAGCAAAUGGUCAAGUGGAGCACACUGGUGGGGAUGAUACUGCCACUGUUAGUGAAACCAUACUCAAUGAACUGGCAACUGUGCUGGCUGACACGAACAUGUUCAAGAAUGAGGCAUCGAUGCAGUCCGAGAGUGACAGCAACAACUAUGUGCCGCUAAGUGUGCUACUCAACACAGCUCCAAUCCGGGCCAUUACUUCAGACCCAGAGGCUCUCAAGAAGGCCCUGGAAAAAGCGGACUCCAAGUGGGACUUUGACAGCGCCACUGGUCGGGUGCGCAUGAGGCCUGGCAGGAAUGUGCUCAUCCUGAGAGAAAUGAAGGAAGAUAUCACACAGGAGGACAUCCUCGGCAUUUUCAAGGAUCCAUGUCCUCCAGUACAGUCAGCUCGCUAUGUUGCAAGUGGCUGCUGGUACAUCACUUUCGAGUCUGGUGAUGAGGCCUACACUGCUUUUUUAUACCUGCACCAGCACGUGAAGAGCUUCAGAGGAGAGUCCAUCAAGGCGCGCAUCAAGAGCAACCAGGCGACGCCCAUGACGACCUUCUCAGGGAACCACGCACGCGCUGCAGGAGCUCCUGCUCAGACUGGGCAGCAAGUCGGUGUGGCGGGUGUGGCCAUCACCACCACACACUUGCCUCACAUAGCUGGAGGCACAAAUGCUGCCCUAUACCACACUCAGCGCCCGGGUUCUACCCCAGCAGCAGCCGGUGCAAUACAGCCCGCUGCUGCUGCUAGCGGCACAACGAGCUCCGUUGUUACUGGCUCCGUGCCGUCAACAGCAGCUGCUGCUGGUAGCCCAUUACUCUACCAUCCUCACACGCUACACCCUCAUCACCAACAUCACCACCACCACCAUCACCACCCCGCAGCCGUGGCUGCUGCAGGAUCACCAUCGAUCGCCCCUUCUCACCUCGCAGCUCCGGCAGCCUGCUACCCAGCCCAGCCUUACUAUAACAUCCAACAUCCCAUGCCAGCAGUCUUCUAUCCGUCACCCCUGAUGACUCAGUGGACUUCUCAUCAAAAUAAUUUUUUGGACUUCAGCCAGUUUGUUAGUUUCAACGGACUCAAUCCGACUAGCACAUACAAGCCCACCGCUGGGCAGCUUGGCCCUCGUUUCAGCAAUGGCAACACGAACAGCACUGGCAACGCGGCCUCAGCCAACAACUCUAGUGCUGUCAAUAAUAAAAACCGUGAUACCAGCCGCGUUCCACUUCCCUCAACCUCUUCGGGAGCUGCAGGCCCGUCUGGCACCACUGGCGGUUCAGCAGGACCGCAUUCUUUGCCUUCACGUCUCUUCAGCCGCCCUCACUCAUCUCCCUCACCUUCGGCUCCAUUGCCUUCUCAACACACAAGUGCCGCCUACUCGGUCCCUUUCAGUUCCUACUCGCAGCCUACUCCAUCGUACGUUGUACCUUACUCCUAUGCGAACGUGCAACCGCAGCUCACUGUCAGUGGUAGUGCGUCUUUGCAGCAUUACCAUCUACAGCAGCAGCAACAACAGCAACAUCAACAGCAGCAAGAAAGCAGCGUCAUCAACCACCAGCAGCAGCAUAUGAGUAGCUCAAACCAGCAGCAGCAAGUGGGCAGCAGCAAUAGUGCUAGUGCAGUCGCCAGUGAUAACAGCUCUAGCAAUAGCACUACAACUCAACAGGAUAGUGGCCGCAGUUCCCCUCUAUUAAUGAAGACCGACACUCCACCAGUACCUCCUCUACUCACUUCUAAUCAGCAUCACUCCAAAAACCAUGACGUGCGUUCCCCUAACGCUCCUUUAAUACCCCAGCCUCCUUUCCUCCACCCUGAAGGAUCCCAUAACUCCCCUCUCAUGGGAACUGCACCUCCCCACUCGCUGCACCACCGCACCAGAUUCAACAGCAAUAACUCUGGUUACCCCGGCCAGGGCAUGUACGGCCAUCAGCGUGGUGGCCCACAUCCUGUCAACAUGAGUGGAGGCGGUAGUGUUCACCGUAACCCGUACCAUCAUCACCAUCAACACCAUCAUCCCCCAGGCUACGGUAUAUAUUCUGGAGGGCCUCCUCAUCACUACAUGGGCAGGGACGCGAUGUCCCAUAGACCCAUGAGGGGCAUGCCGCCCCGUAACAAUAAUUCCGGCGCCAAUAACAAUACCAACAAUAAUAGUAAUAGUCACAGUAAUAGUAACAAUAAUAGUAAUAAUAACAACAAUAAUAGAGGGAGACAAAGACAACGUGAUGAAGGAUCUAGUACAUCUAACACUGGUGAUGAUAGACAAAGCAAUGCAAUGAGCUCCCACAGAUUAUCAGGUAAUAACAGACACAGCGAUAACAACAGAAGUCAACAAAAACACCAAUCUAGUUCAAUUAAUGAUAGCUCCAGCAGAAGUAACAAUUCCAAUACUUCUCUAUCAAGUGCUUCAAAACUCACCCAAGCUCAGCAAGUUUUAGGACAUCAGCAGCAGUUUGCUUUAGAAUCUGACUCAUUCCCUCCAUUACCUGGGGCUGAUGAAAAUUCUUCGGUUGAAGCUAAUAGUUUGGUUAGCAACAGCCCAACUGUGAGCACAGCCUCUGAAGUCCCCACGUACGCGACUGAAGAAACUUCAACUGUGUCAGUUGCGUCGGCUGCAGUACCUGUAACUUCUUCAAACACAGUUACAACCUCUGUAGCUCCGCCCUCCGAUCCUCAUUAUUCUUCCAGAGGGUCGGAUGCUAGUGCCUCCAGUGGCCCUAAAUUUUCUGAUGUAAUGAAGAAACCUCGCGUAGAAGCACCUCCAGCUCUCAAUAAAGGGGCUGAUUCAGAUGCUUCUGCUGUUACUAAUGAUGCUAGUGGUUUGGUGAAUGGUGCUGUUGGUGACAACAGUAACUCGUCGUCUACUUUGGACAGUGGCAAGGAGCAGCGUCAACCACGAGCUCCCAGGAACAGAAGAUCCGAUGCUGCCGUUAAAAAUGGGAACAGUAAUACCAAAACUCAAAGUAACAAGCCUGUUCUGACCACUCCUACCACAACUUCAUCCCCUGCUCUCAAAUUACAGCAGAACAACAGCUGUAACAUUUCGAAUAGCAUUAACAAUAACGUCAGUUCAAGUGCCGUGAAGCCGCCUACUUCAGUGUCUAAACCACAAUAUGGAAGCAAUGUCCCGCAACCUAAAGCUUCAGUGGCAAGAACUUCUUCUGCGAGUGCUUCUCCCAAGGUUCAGAAUGUUAGUGUCUCUCCUUCUGUUGCUUCUGUGUUACCUACAGCUGCCCCACCAGCUGCUCCUCCUGUGCCAACUACCCCUGCCCCGUUGUCUGAUAGAACUGAUGGCGACGAGACUGAGUCCACUGAAGGUCAGGAUGGAGGGGACGAUGGAGGCUGGAUAACUAAAAAGGCUAAAGAACCGCGAGGUCAUCGAUUCGCAACUCGUGGAGGAAGAGAUCACCAUCACACAGGAGCAAGUGGCGGACAUUACGGGAGUAGAGGACACAAGGAUCAAAGCGGCUAUAGUGGUUAUUCAAGUCAUCAACCAACGCUGAACGGUAAUGCUUCACCUCCCCCUUCCAGUUCGAGAUCAGCUCCUCCCAACAACAAAGGAAAAAUAGCAAGAAGUUCAAUUUCGGAAGUCGAAGACAAAACCUCGGCAAACAGUUCGAACGCGGCUCCUGUUGCUGCUAACUGCAGCGUUGCGGCAUUAACAGCUCCUGUCAAUACAAACACUUCCGUCUCUGUUGCCCAAGCCUCCGAGGCAUCUGAGCCCGUUACCACGUGGGCUCAUAUAGCCGGUCAAGGCCCUAAGAAAGCUCCAGCAGUCGCAGCGUCGUCUGGUGGUGUCGGUGACGGCGCUAACAAAGACUCGUGCACGGGGAGCAGCACUUCUGCAACUGCUGCUUCUAGUGCCGGUGCGGUGGCCACGUCUGCUACUGCCGCUCCUCUGUCCCAGGAUAAAGAUAAAAGAAGUACUCUGACCAGACCCACUCGUGGAACUCCUUCUAGGUUCCCAGACCGAGGUGGCGGUCGUGGUAGCCGUGGUGCCUACGGUCAGCCCGGUCGUGGUGGGAUGGCUGCGGGGCGCCGUGAGCACGGUAAUCGUGAGUACAGCAGCAGCAGUUACACGUCAUCACGUGGCGGCCGGUCGCAUUACAACAGACAUGACGGUGAUCACCACCCACAUCACUACAGUAAUGACGCCCCAAGACUACCUGCUCAGCCCUCAAGAGAUGUACCGUCUGCAGCACCUCCACCUGUCGCGUCUAACGUCGCUCGCUCCAAAUGAUGGCCGCUCUCUUGAUACCACAUGAGGAACUUCCUCCUAAUCAACUCUCGUUGUUCUAAUUACCAUUAUUUAUAAUUACUCUGCAGUAUUCCAAAGCUCGUCAUUUUGGAUCAAUAUUCUACAUUGCCCAUCUUCUAUUGUUGCCGUGAAUAAGAUUGUAAGAUAGAGCAAUAGCGCCAAAAACUGUAAAUUUUGUAAUAAUGCAGCAUUGCGGUAUUAGUUUGCACUAUUGAAAUAACUCGAGUGUUUAAAAGUGAUGAGUUUGUUCAAGCAUUUGAGAUUGUUGAUUUUCUGUAGUUCUCUUGGUCCAGCUCGGGUUACCUUUCUUUGGACAGUUUCCUGAAAUAUUUUAGUUUGAAAACCUUUCCGCCACUAAUGAGAGCCAGCUGACUUUUUAGGGAUCCGAACUGUAGUUAUGAAGAAGGAAGAUUAAAACACAAAUAUUGAAUCACUGCCAUAGUUCGUGUUGAACGAAUAUUAAGGUUUAUUUCUUCUCGGUCGCGGGAAGAGUACAGCUACUGGAUGAUGUAAUAUUUUAACCCUUCGCCGUAUUUUUUGACAGAACCUUUGUGCCUCUGUGUCUCGUGAGCGCGGCUCGUGGCAUUGCAGCGAUACACCACGGUUGCCAUUGCUUAUGAGUUUUUUUCGUAGAUAUUGAAUUCCAUAUCUAGUGUUAAACUUUUUUGUCGUUAUUCAACCUAGUAGCUGUAUUUCCUUUUCCCCUUCUUUCGUUUUUGUACAGAGUUGUAACAAAAGUGAUUCGUUAACCUAUAAAUAUAUAUACGCUCGUGUUUAUUUCUACGUGAUGCUGGUGCUGUUUCGACUGACACUACUCAGCUCUUGAUUUUGUUUAUAAACGUUGAUUCAUAUUCUUUAAAAUUUCUGCAGUGCUUGUUUUUAAUGUAAUUGUGGUACUGACAAAUUGGAUAGCGUUAUCAUGUUUAACACUUUUCUAUAUAAGAGAUGUGACGCCGAAUAAUGUCAUUAUCUAAUUUCGUACAAUUUAACCAAAAUGUUACAUUUUUGUUACUGAUGGCUAGAAUUGUGUGCAUAUCGAGUCAUUAUUGUAACCAUUGAUGUUUGAUGCCGAUGAUUCAAUCGGCUUUUGAGCUACGAUUGAACUAUUUAAUACUUAACGAAGUCUCAUAACAAGUGACGUGAAGAUUAUUCUGAAUAUUUUAGACCGACUUAAGUCUGACUCCAUCAUGAUUAGCACUAGUGAGAGGACACAUCAAACUUCAUAGUAAAGUGCCUUGUAUAGUUAAUGUUACUGAACGAGAAGGACGCAAUGUAAUUACUUGUGUUGUAGACAACUGAAACUGUCCGAAUUUCAAGUCUAAUAAUACAUCUGAUUGAUGCUCCUCGAUUUUGUGCUCUGAAGUUUUUCUGAAUCGGCUUCUUUUAUUUUGUAAAAAUGCUCCUUCGUUAGCUCAACUUUGUUUUGUCUCUGAAUGAAUUUCAAUUCAUUAUGCAAUUCUUGAAUAAUGCCUGGAACGCAUAAGCUGUGUGUUGGUGUUGAAAAUAUUACGAGAGCGUCCGAACUGUAGAACCAGUUGUUACUAAGCUCUCGAAUUUUUGGAAAAGAUGCAAGGUAUUCCAAGUGGUUAGAGUAUAUGCUAAUUUGGUUAUAUAUGAACAUUGCCCGUGUCCUGCUGCACGCUUUCACAACUUAUUCUCUCUUGCGUCAAGUUCUAUAGCGUGUCAUUGUGAUAUUACCUAACCGUAACUCUACGAUAAACGUCUCUUUAUACAAUAUAAAGGUAUUGCGAUGUUUACUGUAAUUACCACUGUUUUGUAAUAUAUUGUAUAUAAUAUAGCCGCACUUGUGUACAUGAAACUCGUGAUGUCUGUUUAGUGACAUUGGUUAACAGCAAUGGGCAAAGUUAUCUUUCCUAAUGCAGUGGUACUCAAUUUACUCAGCAAGAAUCGACCCAAGCAAGCAGCACCUGCUGUUUUUAUCGAGUUCUCCUGAGCUUGUGACUAGCUAAGACUGAAUUAUAAUCUUUUUGUUGCACUUGGGUGGCAUUCAUCUUCAAAAUUUGAGUGAAACGCUACAUUUAACAUUUUGUUUGCUGCUACCUAACCUGUCGUCAAUGCCGUUCAUAUCUCUAGGCCUGCUAACUAAAGUUCUUGCAGUAGACUGGGUUAGUAGGUUGCUACUUUGGUACUUGCAAGACAGCAGUACGGAAUUUUUUGUUAUUCUCUUUUCUCUUUUUUGUUAUUCUAUAACUCUGCUUCGGAGAUAAAUCGGUACUAUAUUUGAACGUUUCUGCUGCCUGGACGAUACAUUAGGCAUAUUCUCUCAAGAAUUUGGUGAAAGUAAAACAUGCCGCCGUAAGGUCCUGUUGUGGCGGCUGUAGUAGUGUGAAUAGUGUAAGACAUUUAUUUUGAGAAAAGACAUAAUUAUUAGUCAACUGUUUUUUAAACUCAAGCGCAUCAUGCGAAAGUUGUUGCGGAGCGUUCGAAGGAGUAUCGGACCUGUCCAGAUUUACAACUUGAAAACGUGCAUCCUUUUGGCAGCCUUAUGGUUUGCUUCGACGAUUCUCAUCUCGUGUUUGCAGCAAGAUCAUCGGUGAUCAUUAAGCAGUCCAGAAAAGUAUCAAAGCAUUUUCUAAUAAUUUCGUUACUACUGUGUUGAUGGUCAAAAUGUUCGAUGAAAAUGAUGUUUAAAUUAGCGAUAAAAUAAUUUUUACUUCUUGAAGCCGUCGUUAUUCUGGUUAAUUUCCUUACGAAGAAACUAUUGACGGUUGGGAACGUUUAAGCCGUAAAACUGUGGUCAAGAUACAGUGCGGUUUGUAUGUAUAUGCACCAGUUCUUAACCAGAAAUGUUGUUGACUGUUGUUAUAUUAUGUGUAUUAUUUGUAUGAAUGUGCAUAUGCGGCUUAAUUAAGGGAAGUAGUUCCGCAUUAUUGCUCGCAUCACUCGUAGGUGGUAAGUACCUGUGCUGUGCUAGAUCAUAAGCUACUUCUCCGUGCUCUUCUUUCAUAUUUGAUGGUCUAAUCAUUUCGAUGGCCGAACUUUUGAUAUCGUGAGGUUUGUUUGAUUCAUGUCUAUUUCAAAACAUUGAAUCAUAUGCGCAUUAGCAACAACGUUCUAUUCUGUUCAUUUUCUCCUCUACUGUUGUGAACUGUUUCAAGUAUUUUGUAUGUGCAGGAGAACCAAAGUAUUGCGUUCUUGUUUACCUUAAAAUCUGAAUCAAGGUCAUAACCUUUAUAUAUAUUUUUUUGUAUUCAACCAUAGAGCCAAUAAAUUUUCUUCAUAUCUGUAUUGCAAUUCGUUAACUUGAACUGUUAGUGUUACAUAAUUGCCUUCUGUUGUAUUGACCUCAGAAGCAUGCUCACCUUUUCCAGAAGAUUUGUUCAACUUGAAUGAUUUUUCUGUGCGUUUGCUGCACUUCGCCAUUGCAGUUGCGUACUAAUUCUUCCUCUGGUAAUAUUUAUGUCGGCUGCACAUAACUGUGAGUGUUGUGUACAUAAGCGUGCAAGAGUUUGUAUCUAUAAAGUCGUUGAAAUGACUGUCGUUGAAUCGCCUCAAUAUUUGCUGUCGCUAAUUUAUUGCUGGCAUCAUGUCUGUGAGCGUGGUCUUUGAGGAGCUAUUAUUGGAGUCAUCAUUGCCGUGGUACAUUACGAAGCUACAACUAUUCUGGGUCUGGUUCCCUGAGGUGCCGCCAUGUUGCGUCUGUAAAGCGCUCUGCCUGCGGUGAUGUCAGGUAGUUUUGCUCCUCAUUGUGAUGACUUGUUCUGUGCAUAGUGUAUGGUAUUAUUAUUAGCUAAUGUGUUAUGGGAGAAAUAUUUAAGAAUUUCUGAGUGAAAACGUUCGCGUGACGUUGAUUGUAGAGUGUCACCAAGUCCUAUGUCUACGAUUAUUUGCUCUUGAAUCAUUUUUGUUAAGUUUUUUUAGCAAUUGAUUGUUUGGUUUGCUCAAGUUAAGCAAUGACUUCAGUUAGUUCUUGCCGCGCCCUUUCCUUUGUACGAGUCAUGACAUGCUUCCAAGACUUGCCUGACGGCGAAACCCCUAUCUCGUCAGAGCUCGACGUCACCCUGAAGAGGAACAUGAUUCUUGAUUUAGUAUUGCCUAUUUUAUUUUAAUUAGGGAGCUCUUUUGUUUGCAAGAAUACGGAUAACUAUUGUAAUUGAUCGAUUACUUUUAGGUGUUAUCGAAUCACUCAGAAAUUUUAAUACUGAACCAAUUGCUAAAGCUUGUACCAUAUUAGUGCUUAGAAGAACCUCCCCCAUUGAUUUACUGAGACGCUCUCAGUGUGUGUAUAUGUAACGUAAGAAAUAAACCGCGUUACUCCUAUUAUAUAGACCGUGGGUGUGCUUUCCUGGAACUCCAAUUGAAGUCUGUCCCGUCACUCACCUCCACUUUGGUUUAUUGCUAUGGCCGACGAGAUAGGUUUUUGCGUUGUUGUUUCUUUAUCACAAGUUGUGUUCUUUGAUGAUUCCAGAUUUACAGAUACCAUCUCAUUUCACUUUAGAUGCUAAACGAGUGGUAAAAGUCCAGUCUUGAUAAAGAAGCUUUAGAUAUUGGUUGUUAUAACCUGGCUCUUCAAGCGUUAAAUCACGACUUCCUUGAACUACUUGUCACUUUUUAAUAUGUUUUGUUUAUAAUAAAAAACUGAUAUCGGGGGACUUUGGUCAGAGUUCCUGGAAAGCAUCAGCUUUCCACGAUUUGACCAGUCAUAGUCUUUACAUAUUCAGCAACGAGAAAAAAAAAUAAAAACCCAACGUGGCAGACGAUUUGAUUAAUUUCCGUUUAUAAUUUUCGGCUAUUAUUCAGACUUGAAUUUGUUGUGCUUAUUGAUUCUACUGAAAUGCUGUAAAAAUUUAAUUUUAUAUCCAGUAAAUCUCGAGUCUGUUCACAA